GAGAGAGAGAGAGAGAGAGAGAGCAUCAAGUCACCAGGACUGCCUCCACCAUCCACAGACUGUAAGGUACAAGUGCCACAAGGAGACUAUAUUCCGCCAAAAUAAUGGAUGGGACAAAGCCGGCCAUGGAGUCCAACGCGGAGGAGACUCAAGACGAAGGACAGGAGAGCAAAGGAUGCUUCGAGUGCUGCAUCAAGUGUCUGGGCGGGGUGCCCUACGCAUCCCUGGUGGCCACCAUCCUCUGCUUCUCGGGCGUGGCUCUGUUCUGCGGAUGCGGCCACGUGGCACUGACCAGCACCCUGACCAUGCUGGAGAACCACUUCUCCAGGGUCAGCAGCGACCACGCCACCCUCGCCUUGGUGAUCCAGAUCUUUCAGUACAUCAUCUACGGCAUCGCCUCCUUCUUCUUCGUCUACGCCAUUAUCCUGCUCGCUGAGGGCUUUUACACCACCAGCGCCAUCAAGAAGGAGCUCCAGAGUGACUUCAAGACGACCGUCUGUGGACGCUGCAUUACUGCCUUUUUCAUGUUCCUGACCUACAUCCUCGCUCUGGCCUUCCUCGCCAUUUUCGGCUUCACGGGGAUCCCCGUUUUCCUCUUUUUCAACAUGUGGACUACCUGCGCUGCCAUGAGGUCUCCUGACGCCAACAUCACCUCGCCUGACUCCAUCUGUGUGGACGUCAGGCAGUACGGUAUUAUUCCCUGGAACGCCACACCGGGAAAAGCUUGUGGAGCCACACUGGGAGACAUCUGUAACACCAGCGAGUUCUACCUGUCCUACCACCUCUACAUCGUCGCGUUCGCCGGCGCCGGUGCCACCGUCAUCGCAUUGAUCCACUACCUGAUGAUUCUGUCGGCCAACUGGGCCUACCUGAAGAGUGCCGUCUCCACGCACGACUACCAGGACAUCAAGACCAAGGAUGACCAGGAUCUGGAGGCCGAGGCGCGCUCCAAGGAGGGCCAGAACUCCUCCUCCUACUCAUAAGGACAAGUGAUCCUUUCCUGCCACCACCCAUCUCCUCUCCACACCUCAACCUCCCCAAACCCUGCGACACCCAGCACCCACCCCCUUCCCUCAGUUAAAAACAAACCACCUCGGUCAUGUUUGAUAGCCUCCUAACCUCCAGACUCUCCAUCCUCUUCCCUUCUGCGAUGUUUAUUAGAGAGCCGUGGGCUCCCACCAGAGGGGAAGAGAAUAGAGGAUCGGGAAGCAGGGGCAGGCCUAGACGGAGGUAGAUGCUUCAGAACGGGGAGAGCUCGCCCCCGCCGGGGUCGUGCUCAGGUACGAUACGAUCAGUUCAGAAGCGUCACCUCCAUAGUGCUUUUUGGGCGACGGCUCGUGAACGUGGCCCCCGGCUGUGAUGGCCUCGCGCCCUGAGCCAGCACAGCCUCUCAACACACAACUCCUAAACAGCCUAAAAAAACAUUGUUCACUGUCCGCUUCAGCCACAGGGAAGCCAGGCAGCGACCAACUUCCUUGGUUUUUUGGUGUUUUAUAUGCAUAUAUAUAUAUGAAUAUGAAUAUAUUGUGCGAAUGUGUAUGAAUGUUGUUGUUUUUUUUAAUACUCUCUGAAAAGUAUGCCAGGUAUUAUUAUGAUCUUUCUUCUUCUUCUUCUUUAUCAUAAGUUUUUUCUCCUUUACUUUUUUCCUCCAUCUUAAACUUUUAUUGCUAAUGCUCAAUACGUUGUUGCACUACUACAAAAAAAAUAAAAAAAAAUAAGGGAGGAUGAAAAUCCCUUAAAAACACAAAGCACCCCAGCACCCCUUUUCUUAAAACUUAAAUCAUGUUGUAUCUCAAGGAUUAUUGUGCAUUUACAUGAUCAGAGUUUAUUUAUCCGCCAACGUAGUAACCGUUAAUUUACAACCAGAGGUGUAGCAAACUUUUAUGGAAGGAACUGCUUUGGGAAAUACACUUAUUCGCAUUUUUGUCAAGGAUUAAAUGAGUUUGCAUGUUCGAUAUGAAGCUACAGCACAUCUAAAGGUCACUAAAUACAAUUUUAUAUCUUGUUUGCUUAACGUGUACGAAAACUGCAACGUAAAAACAACAAUUUGUGGCUUUACGGAGAGGUUACAAGCCAGACUAUUCCAUGGCUAGCACGGUAACUUUCUCCGCUAACCGUAACCUCUACAUAAAACCACAACUUAAUUUUUACA